AUGUAUCAUAAGUUAGCUACUGCUUACCGAGAUUACACCAAGUUCAACCUCAAGGUCUGCAAACCUGAUGCUGUGUUAAUUUCGGGUAAGAGAUUUUCUAGAUCUUACAUUCAAGAAUUUUAUGCCAAUGUCGUUGCCAGAUAUGAUGGUUGUAUCGAAGAUUUACGUAAAUAUUUUACUAAAGUUUGGUCGGUUGAAGCUAUUGCAGACUCUGUUUUAAACUCUGGUCCCAAUUCCGAUUUUGCUGAAAGUAGAAUUGCUCCAAAAGGUUCCUUGUUUUAUUUAUUCAGUAAUUCCAAAUUGCGAUCUCAAAUUCCUGAAACUGUUCCAGGUACUGAUCUUGACGUGGAAGCUAUUGCUAAGACUGCAGCUGAUAUGGGAGUUUGUGUUAUGUGGAUGGUUUAUUUCUCUGCUACUGGUCCCUACAGAUUUCCUGAUAUGUUGAUUUUGAAGUAUGCUGGUAAUAACAGAAAUUUGUUUAUUGACCCCAACUCUCGUUGUUUUGAUGUAAUUACUUCUUAUUCGAAAACUAGACGUGCCAAUUUAAUGUGCAAGAGUUUAGAUAAGAAGACCUCUGAUUAUUUAUUCCAUUAUAUUUUUGUCGUUAGGGCUAUUCUCAAACAUGCCCUUAGUCACGAUUACGAUGGUAUGAAGAGGGAUUUGUUCAACGAGACUGAAGGGGAACCUGCUAAUUACUUGUUGAAUAAUUUCUUAGCUAGAUCUGUUGGUGGUGGUGACUCAGAAGAUGAUUUUGAUCCUGUUAAACAUUCCAAUAACGUCUUGAAUUCUUUUGUUUUUGUUGAUGCUAUGUCUCAUUCAUUGAUGAAUUAUCAUAAAUUCCAAUCGUUGUUGAAGGUGUACCCAACGUCUAUUGAUAGAUCUUCAAGGUUGUCUUUUAGAGAGUUGAGACAUGGAAUGAUCAAGCUAGUUCGUGAGUAUGUAAAGGUUGAAGGUGAGGAUAUGGAUGUAAUGAAUGUAAAAGAGAAACUAGCUGGUCAUUCUGCCACUACUGGGCAAAGUAUCUACGGUAACGAUGUUGAGAGUGGUGUUGGUGCAGAUGCGUCGUUGGAUGAAAAAUAUGCCACAUUAAUUAACAGUGCCUGGCAAUAUUGGUUGGGGCUUGGCUAUGGCAUAGAAAGAGAAGAAGGUGAGUCUGCUGUCGCUAAAAAUACUUGUGUGAAGAAAUACUUUUCACCAAAUGGUUCUAUCAAAGAUUUGUUUGUUGCCGGUAAGAAGUUGUAUGGUAAGGAAUUUCAAUUCAGAGAAGGUCAAUUUGAUGUUGCUGUGGAAAUUUAUUUAUCAGGAACUCAGAUUAUUCCUAUUCAAGCUCUUCCAGGUUUUGGGGAAACUGCUCUGUUUCAGAUUCCUUUGGUUGCUUUAUCUUAUGGUGACAAGAAAACUGUUUCAUUUGUGUUCGUUCCUUAUGUGUGUUUGUUAUCGAAUAUGAAGCUCAGACUAUCUUCAUGUGGUAUUAAUUGUGGUAUUUUGAAGGAUUUGUUUGUUAAUGGCCCAGCUGUUGAAGAGAAGGAUUUAUUUUGUGAUGUUUACGUCGGUACCUUUAAUGAUCUAGGUUCUGAGAAUUUUGUCCGGUUGGUCAAUAAUUGGUACAAUAUAUAUCAAGAUUGUAUUCUAGGUAUGAUUGUCAUUGAUGAGUUUCAUAAUUUAGAGACUGAACAAUCGUACCGUGGACAAUCUUUUAGAUUGAUUCCUGAGAUUAACUUUAAUCUUGCUUGGAAGGUGGUGGUGAUGACAGGUACUGCUGGUGAAAAAGGUAUGGUCAAACCUAUGAAGUUUAUUGGUUAUGACAAGGAGAUGUCAACGUCGAUGGUGUCCAAUAAGAACAGAAUCUUGUACUUUGAUUUGGUUAAUCAAAUUCCUCUCAAGAAUAUUGUGAAAAAGUUCCAAGUUUUUGAAAGAUCUACUGUGGCCGAGACUGAGGUGGAAAAGUUGGUAGAUAGAUUCAUGGAGUAUGAUACCAAGUCCAAGGUGAUUAUUGUUUGCAAGGAAAAGGUUACUGUUGAGAAGUUGUAUUUCAGGCAAGAUUCUGAAUGGGUUCAUGGGGAUUUACCAUCUGAAGAGAAGAUUAAGAAAUCAAGAAGAUUUAUAGAAGAUGAUAAGUGUAGAAUAAUGAUAGGGACGAAGUUGGUGUCAGAGGGUAUUGAUAUCAAAGCAGUUAAGUUGGUGAUAAUGCUUGAUUACCUUCCAUCAAUUGGGGAGUAUAUCCAGACGGCAGGUAGGUUGCGUGAAGGUGGGGUAUGUCUUUCCUAUUGGACCAAGAGAAGUGUUCAAACUUGUUCGGUGAAACCAGAUGUUUGCAUUAUUAAGCAGGUAUCCAAAUUUUAUGAUCUGAAUUACGACGGUCAUGAUUUAUGUUGUGGCCAUCAUCAUAAUAUCCCAGAAGAUGUUGCUAAUUUGUAUCAUUAUUUGAAUGGUGAUGGUCGUCCAAGAGUUGUGGAAGUGGAUGCUAGUAUUGGUGAUUCUGAACAUGUUGGUAAUGUUCCUUCAUUUUCUUCUGCUAAUGAGUCUUCUGUGUUUGAGGAUUUGGGUCCAGAUAUGGAUCAAUCUGAAAAUUUUAUUGCUUCUAAUGAUAGUAGUUUUCCAGGUUGGAGUAAUGAGGUAGAUAUGCCUGAUAAUUUGGAAAAUAGUAGUCGUGGUUUGGUGAAUGAGGAUAGUACGAAUGAUAAUAAUAAUAAUAGUGAUGAAAUAUUGCCUACCCCAAGAAUUGUCCUUUUACCGUUUGAUCAUGGCCCCAAUAAAAGAAGAAGAAUAAUAUCCAUGAAAGAUGAGAUUAAUGGUCUUUUUGGUUCUGCUAAGAAUGUUUUUGAAUUUAUUGGAAUCCCAUCCAAACUUUGUUCACAAUUAUUUUUUUAUGGUUUGAAUGAAAGUUGUUUGGAUUUCCCCUUGUCUGUUGUUGACAAUCCUUGUCCUGAUUGUCUGGGUGCUAAAGAUGGUGGAUGUGUCUGCUGGGAAUUUGGUCCUGCUAAGGUGAAGAAGUAUUUGGGUUUGAGUUUUAUUUUGUUGUUGAAGAUGAUCAUGUCAGAAAAAGAAUUUGAUGGUGUGAGGAAGCAUUGCCUCGAUAGGGGCCUCCAUGCUGUCAUGUUGAGAUAUGGUCGUUCGAAAUCUGUUUUAUUUGAUAAAUUCAAGACUAGUGCUCUAGCCAAAUUUUGUGAAAUUAUUGUUAGGAAACCUAAGUUACCGGUGCCUGGUGAGUUGUUUAGCAACGAUAUGGUCAUGGCAAGGUGUUAUAAUAUGAUGUGGGAGAACAUUCAAGGACGGAAGUUAGAUAUUUUGAUGUUUUUCUCGGUGAAGGAUUGUACGGAUCAAUUGAAGGGUCUAUGGGAAGCUGGUAAUGGUGAUGAUUUGGCCUUCAAAGAUAUAGAAGCUGAUGUUAAGAGAGCAAGUACUACGAGGUAUCAGAGUUUACCAUUUAUUAUUAAUUUUGGUGGUAGACCUAAUUAUUUGGUGAGUACUUGUGGGUAUGUCUUUGAAGAGUAUAUGAUUCUUUAUUCCAUUGAUAAAGAUUUUAAGUCUAGGUCUUUGUAUGAUUCUCGUGAACGUUCUAGGAAACCACCCAAAGUGAAGGUGCCAGCAUACCAAUACAUCAUGAUGAUGUUUGCUGUGUUCCAUAACCGUGAUUUCUUAGAUUACUUUUACAAGAAGUUUCCAUCAUUGCCUAGAGUUAAAUGUUUUAGUCACUGGCUGAAGUUGAUGACGUUGUCAGUUCAGUUUCCCAAUGAUCAAGGUAGAAGGCUGUAUUUGGUUGUAGGAGCUAUGUAUUAUUUAUAUUUAAAAGGAUGUUAA